AUGGAGAACUUCCAAACCAUUUUCAAUUCCAACACCACAUCAGCAAAUGAAGCAUUGAAGAGUCCGGGCUCUCUCUUCAAGGCCGAGAAGACGCAACUCCAAGAGAUUCGUACUGGUCUUAAAACUGACCAUGAAUCAUUUCAAGCCACUAUCUCGUCUCAGCUUUUUCAGCUUAAAGACGAACUAGUAAAGGAGAGUAUCCUCACAGACUCUCUCACUCUCAAGUCAGAAGAAGCCAAGGUGUUAAGCACCAAAAUCGAAGCUUCGGAGAAGCAGGGCGAUGAGGACAAGACUGCCUUUUACACGGACCACGGGGCAUUCCGCUACCCAGAAAAUGUCGUUCGGCCUAAAGAACACAGGGGCAACAUACCAGCAGCUCGUCGACUCACUUUUCACAAAGAAUAUUGGAAAGCAUAUUGA